AUGACAACUCUCCGAGUGUUGUUACUUUUUAGUCUCUCAUUAUGUACCAAGGGGCUGUACGAAUGUUAUUUUGAUUAUGAUGAAAAAUGUCUGUCCGGUCUUUCAUCAGCUUCAUAUGUUCUACUCAAUGAAACAAGUGACGAACCACGACAACCCGCUUCGGAUGCAACAGCGAUUGGAACGUACAACGAUGAUGGCGAAUGUUUUUUUCCAUACGAAUUGAAUUCCUAUCAAAUGUAUUUCUGUGCAAAGACAGAUCCGGAUUUACCAGCAACAUGUCCAAGUUUUAACUCAACAGGACCCAAGCUGAACUGCAGUGAAGGUGAAUAUGGAUACGAAAAAUUUGAAAACGAAGAAAUCGGUUCGCGUACGCAUCGACUUGACCCAAGACGUACUCUCGAAGCUGGUGAACAUUGCAUCGAGUUUUUUUACUAUCUAUCAGAUAAUAAAUCGAAUGCGAGUAUAAAUGUCAUAGUUGAAGAUACAACGUCGAAUACCAAUACUACAAUUCUAUCGGCUUCUGAACGUCAUGAAAAUCGAUGGCAUGAGAUUCGAAGGGAUUUCUAUCUCUAUAAUGAGAAUCCAACGAUCUAUUUCGAAUUCCAACGAGGAGCUUCUCUCGAUUCGUUACCAUUCUACCUCGCAAUCGAUGAUAUAAUCAUCAAUAAUCUCGAAUGCGGACCGAUAAAUACGACUACCAUUCCAACAACGACAAUUAUCACUACGACGACCUCAACUACGACAACAUCGACAACUACUACAACUACUCCUCCCACCACUUCUCAAACCACGACGAGCACUACAGUGAGCACUUCUACAUCCACAAAAACAACAACAACAACAACAACAACAACAACAACAACAACUACUACAGUCAGUUCAACAAGAACAACGACAUCUUCUGGAUCGACAACGACGACAACAACAACGAGUUCUUCCACAACUUCUAGGACUACUUCUACAUCCACGAUUACGACUAAUACGCCACCAUCAUCCUCAAUUCAAAUUCGAUCGAACUUUCCAAUGUUUCUCUUUUUCUUCUUAUUUUUUCUAUUAAAAAAACUCUAA